AUGGGCCUCUCCGGAGGGUCCGUCAUCGAAGUGAGGACCUUGAGCAAAGCCGCUAAAAUCUUCGCCACUAUCGCCAGUGAAGCUAACGCCAAAUCCAUCAGCUCCAGCGCCAAGACCACCGGCACCACCGAAUCCGCCGGUUCCGCCAAGUCCGCCGGCUCCAGCGCCAUGACCACCGGUUCCGCCAAGUCCACCGGCUCCGCCAAAUCCACCGGCUCCAGCGCCAAAUCCACCGGCACCACCAAGUCCGCCGGCGCCACCAAAUCCACCGGCUCCAGCGCCAAAUCCACCGGCACCACCAAGUUCGCCGGCUCCGCCAAGUCCACCGGCGCCACCAAAUCCGUCGGCCCCGCCAAGCCCGCCGGUUCCGCCAAGUCCGCCGACUCCAGCGCCAAGCCCGCCGGUUCCGCCAAGUCCGCCGGCUCCAGCGCCAAGCCCGCCGGUUCCGCCAAGUCCGCCGGCUCCGCCAAGUCCGCCGGCUCCAGCGCUAAAUCCACCGGCACCACCAAGUCCGCCGGCUCCGCCAAAUCCACCGGCUCCAGCGCCAAGACCACCGGCACCACCGAGUCCGCCGGCUCCGCCAAAUCCGCCGGUUCCAGCGCCAAAUCCAUCAGCUCCAGCGCCAAGACCACCGGCACCACCGAGUCCGCCGGCUCCAGCGCCAAAUCCACCGGCUCCGUCAAGUCCACCAGCUCCAGCACCAAGACCAGAACCGCCGAUGACUUGACCUCCAGCCUGAGAAGCAGUACCGAGAGCUGUCUGAAGAUCCACGCCGAUGGGAAGAGCAGGGUUUUCUCCUUCAGCAUAGUUGACGAAGUAAAUCUCAGGAUCAGACGGAGGAUGGGCAGGUACUUCAAUAACACGCUGCUGUUGAUCACCCUGUUUGUUAAGGAUGUACACAACGCUUUCGGUCCUUGGUGGAGGAAUAAUGAAUGGUUCAGGGGGCCUCCAAUCAGGAACCCCUCACCGGAAUCCUCAAAAGACCCAUGUCCUCCGCUACUAGAGAUUCCAGCAGCUGCAGGGAGUGGAACACCAGGCCCAAGCUGCCCUGGCGUAGGCAAAUUGUAUCCUUGUGGCACAGCAGUUGCCACUGCAGCCAGUGCCGAGACCAAAACCUACAUAGAUGGCUCUACAAGUGUUAAGUCACAAAGGAGCAUUGAAAUGCGGUCAGAGAUAACGGUCGUAUAUAAGCGACCCAAACUUCAACCCCACAGUCGCCUAGAGCAACGGCAGAGGCCCAGCGUGUAUGAAACCGGCCCGGAGCGUUUACGGGGUCGGAACGUCGUGCAGAGCGCUGGGGGAACCUUCACGAUGCUGGCUCCUCAGCAAUCAGUUACAACCUUCCCACUUAUGAAGUCAUGUGAAAUAUACUAUUUGUGA